GAGAGAGUGGCUGAAGACAACGUUACGCAAACUGUCGCCCUUGCUUAGAUUCAUGACGUAGGGCGACCCCUGGUUACCCUAGAACCUAGAGGUCCUUAAUUAAUUGACACUGAAGGGAGAUUCGCCCUGCAAAGGGGCUGCUAUAUCGGGUCAAGGAGGAGUUUAAGUCUUGAAUUAUGUUUACCACAUUAUUUCAACAGCGCGUGUGAGUUUGGAGUGGAUCAGCUUGCAUACGAUGUUGUUAAGAAUUGGCAACGCUUCACAAAAUCGUCACUUCAGGGUUCUGAGUCAUGGAUUGUCAUACGAUGUAUAAACACACACAACAUCGUGCAAGAUAAGCGAGCCAUCAAUUUUUUGCGGAGUCUUCAGUCUUCAGCAGGCUCCCUAGGCCCCUAGCCUUAUUCUUAAAAGAUGUCCGUCCGCAUUCAGUUGUUCUUUCAGGUCAUUUAGCCGGAAUAUGCCAUUCGCCACCUGGACCAUUGUCAGAUGUCUGUUAGUGCAAUUUAGACUGCAACAAGAACCAUUCUACACUCCAAAGCCAGCUCAGAAAAGAAACAUCAGAAGCUCUGAAUAGUACAAACAUCAGUAACUCUCAUUCUGAUUUCUAAUCUCAUCGCGUCGAAAGAAAAAGUAACGCUUCCCCGUGGGGCACAAACCACUCUAGCCGAGAUUUCCGAGGUCCUCUACCACUCGUCCCACAUGGGUCCAGUCCAGCCCCUUAGCUCCUAGCAGGGGGCAGUCUUUCACUCAGCAGAGAACAGUGAAAGUUUGGGGUAAAUCUGGGGUUCAUUCUCCUCCGUUUUCCUGCCUGAUCCUCCUCUUCAACCUCGGGUACCAUUUCGCGCGUUUGACCAGGAUGAACAACACUCAGCAACCGAUUCGCUUCGCCAAGAAGCCUGUCUCGAGGAAGCGCGCGACAAAGGCGUGUCUUAAAUGUCGCAAGCGAAAGGUCCGGUGUGAUGUCACCCGCACCUCGACGCCUUGUACCAACUGUCGACUUGAUGGCUGUGAAUGCGUCGUUGCUCGUCGUGCUGAUGCUUUUCCUAUUCCUCAUCGUGGCGCCUCCGUCAUCUCCGAUAAUGACGUCCUUAUUCGAGACUGUGAAGCCGUCACGGCAGCUGCGUCUACGACAUCUUCGAACGACGAUAACCCAACGAGUCCUGUCGACGAUGCGACUGCCGUGCUACAUACACUAGAGGAAAGUGAAUACAAGACGUCGGUCGAGCAUCAAGAGCGGGUUGACCUGGAGUCGCCCACGACAAACACCACCGAAGAUGUCAUCGAGGAGAUUAGAGAGAUCCCACCAUACACGCCCUCAAUCAUCGAAGAGCCAAGCGAACCCGUACGAUCGGAACUCAAAGCUCUAUACUCGUCAAUGCCCUUCCUCCGAACCCUCAACAUUCGCGACUGCGAUUUCCAUCACCUCAACGCCCAAGGCUGUCUACGCGUCCCGUCCAAGCCGAUCCUCGACGAAUUCAUCCGACAUUACUUCCUCUACAUCCAUCCAUUAUUGCCUCUUAUCAACGAAGCCGACUUCUGGGAUGCGUAUGAUCCUACGCCUAAUUCUACGACGACUGGGACGCCUGUUUCGAUGCUUCUGUUGCAAUCGAUGAUGUUUGCUUCGUGCACUUUUGUGUCUAAAGAGAGUCUCCGCACGUUGGGAUUCGCCACUAUCCUUGAAGCCAAGGAGGCUUUUUAUACCAAGGCCAAGCUUCUAUACGACUUCUCGACCGAUCCCGAUCCCAUCUCCAUCGCACAGUCUGCCCUCCUCUUGACCUACUGGUGCCCAACUUUCCGCUCUGGGCCUGGCAAGGCAAACAGUAGAUGGCUCCGAAUCGCAAUCAAACACGCCAAGUCAUGCGACGCCGAUAGUUACGACUCGCCCUCUUAUGGACUACACAUAUCACAACAAGAUGUCAAGCGACGGAAUAUACUGAAGCGUAUUUGGUGGUGCUGUAUUAUCCGCGACCGAAUCAUGCCCCUCUGCGUUCGAAGGAAUAUCCAGAUCACAAGUGCCCAUUUCGACUUUGCGAACUGCUCUCCAUUAUGUUACGAUGAUCUUGUUGAUGAACUCGAGUCAUCGCGGGUCUACAACAUUGCCACAAAGCACAAGCUCAUCCUCACAUUAGAGCGUCUCACAGAACUUUGUGUCACACUCACAGACGUCCUGGGUCUAGUAUAUCCUACCGAGACAUUGCCAAUAUUAGACGCGGAGGCACAUUCAACAGCGUAUGCGCAAGUGCAGGAACACAAAAGGUCACUGAAGAACUGGGCAGUGGCUACAAGACCACCACUCGCCAUCCAAGAUUUGACAUUAAGUUCAGGAGGAUAUGAGGACUCCGCAGUAUUGUUCACCAACCUAGUCUGGAUCUACUUCCACGCCAGCCAAGUCGCUCUCUGCAACUACGAACUCCAUCUCGGUCUAAUCCUAGGCCUCGUCAACCAAACCCCCACCGCAUCACACGAAACCCAAUUCCUUAAGAACAACCGAAGAGAUCUCCGAAACGCCACAAAAAGCAUAGCAGAAUGCUUCGCCCGACUACAUCCCCACCGACUCACCCGCUGGCUACCGAGCAGCGCUGUAGCAUGCACAGCUCUUCCUCUAGCGAUGCACAUGGUCGACAUGAAGAUGUCCACUGCCUCUUCCGCAACUGAGAUAUGGGCCCGUCCGGAAGUUGCUUCCAAGCAAUCGCGACUCAACGUCUUGAUACAAGUCUUCAGAGAGCUACAUCCCAAGUACGACGGUGUUCAUUCUAUUUCCAAGACGAUUCGAUAUUUUAUGGAGUCUAGUGAUCGUGAGGAACCUUCACAGAUGAUGCUCACCAACGAUCACGCUGAUGUCCUGGCCCGAAGUCCAACGCAAUAUCUCAGACUGGCUUUGACCAUCGACGUGUGUCUUAGCCAAGAUCGACUGGCUCAAGAUAGUGACUUCCCAGCUGCUCUAAGACGCUUCUUCAACAGAAAUAGGUCUUUGAUGCCCAUGCUAUUAGGACAACCGCAAUUCGCGCCAAUGCCGAUGACACAGCAAAUAACCCUCCCUCGACCGCUCUCCCCGGCAACAUACGCGAAAAGCUUUUCGCGAUGGAUGGAAGAUGAUCCCUCUGUGGGGUUUGCCAUGCAGAUGGGCAUAGACAUUGGACCCCAAUCACCUGUAGUCUACGAAGUCGCGGAACGAGCGCGAAAGACUCAGUCAGAGAGUACGGAAGAGCCCUCACCCGUGUCUGAGCAGUCACAAUCACAGUUCAGCGAGUCGGUAAUGGGCAUGGAGACAACGGAGGAUCUACUACAGCGUCUUCAAGGGGCAGUGAGUUGGGCUCAGAAUGACCAAGCUUUGUAUUUUGCCCAAGAGAUGGGAUUGCUGUCUGAUGGGAUUGGGUUCAACCAAGGUUAUAACCAAGAUUUUAACCAAGGGUUUUUGUAAAUCAGCUUGCAAGCGCUGCAAUUUAAUGACUGACAUGAAUUUCUACAUAAUUAAUAUUGCUCUGUAGUUUCUAUCCGCUUUCUGUUCUGUCU